ACUUUUUCUGCCGUUCUUGCCAGGAUUAUUUGUUCAAAUUAUACAUAAAUUCGCUGUGAAAAUCUAAUGAAUUGUAAAAUGGACAUUAGUGCGACAAUUGACUAAUACACAAAAUACACCAUACCGCGAGAAUAUGACCCAAUCAAAUGAGGCAACGAACAGGCACGCAAGCAGCCAAAACCAUCGAAAACAAGACACUGAUAAGGGUUCGUUGUCCUUGAAUAGCGAACAACUGUUGGAUGGCGUAUUUCAAGCCAUGCAAAAGCUUUGGCUGCAGUUUCGCCGCAUUGCCUAUAGCAUUAUGUGCGAAUUGGGUGGAAAGGAACUGGUCGAAGCGGCGGCUUCCUGGUGCCUCCAACAUCCAGACAUUGCCAUCUGUGCUGUUGCGGCCUGUUUUGUGUUAUUUUUGCCGCUGCUCAUCAUCUUCGGCUUUGGCAUUAUAACAAUGGCGGUCACAUUUACUGGCAUCCUUGUUCUUGAAGGUACCGUGUUGACGGUUAUCCUCAUAAUAUUUCUUGCCUGCAUCGCCAGUUUGACGAUUGGCGUUGUCUUGUUUGCUGUCAUUGCAUAUUUUGGGUUUGCGCAGAUCUAUGAAUUCUUUGGAAUGGAGCGUCAUCGAGACGCGCUCAUCACGUUUAUGCAACAAAACAGAAGCUCUGUUAAUGCAAGUGGACCAGCCCGAAAUGCUACCGAAACAGGGUCUGCAAAUUAAGUUAGUUUUUCUAAAGAACAUUUGAAGCAUACCCCGUAAUAAACGAAAGACUGUAAUAUGAAUUUUUUAAA